AUGGAGGUUGACUCAGAAGAUUCCCUGGGAUCUAUUCUUUUUAUACCUGAAUUGGACAAAAUUGGAAGUACAAAGGAAGCAAUGGCUUUGAAUUACUUGAUGUCUACAUAUAGUCGUUUGAAUACAGAGAGUCGUAAUGAGCAGUCGGGCAAACUUGCACGUUCAUCCGUCUGUCUGUCUCACUAUAGUUCAAAUCUUGUAUCAAACACACUUUUGAGUGAUAUCAUCUCUCAUUGUACUAAUAGAACGCUGUGCGAUGAGAAUGCCCUUUCCGAGGUAAUUUGA